GUGUACAACCUACGCCAGAACGCAGAGCUAGUGCACAAGGUGAACAGCGGGGAGGUUUCGGUGGAAGCCCUGCUGCGCAUGUCGCAUCAGGAUUUAGCUGGAACUUCGACAGUGGCGCGCCGCCAGCGCCUCCAUGCCGAGGAUCAAAGUACGUUUGCUGUGCGCUGCGGAAACUGUGGAUCGGAGGAUGCGAGAGGCGUCAUGACGCAAACAUCCGGGCCGCAGGAUGAGGGCUGGAGCCAGAUGUCAGUUCGAGGGAGUUGCCCGCACUGCGGCCAUGUCUGGCUUGAUGGGAGAGAAUAG